AUAAACGGAGGUUUUCUUAAAAUAAACAUUUCAAACAUACACAAAAAAAAAGAAAAAACUAUCUCGGCGCUUGUAAAUGACGUCAUCACCCAGCAGGCAGACAUCCGAGUGUCCUUGAGGCUGACAAGAUGGUUGCUUACUGGAGACAAGCAGGACUCAGCUACAUCCGCUUCUCGGCCAUCUGUGCAGGCGCCGUGCGGGCUGCCCUCAAGCCGCAGGCCCAGACUGAAGCCAUGAAGGCUGCGGAGGCCAGCGUCAAAGUCAUCAAACCCAAAACAACAUGAUGUGACGUCUGCCUACUUCCUGUCCCGUGAGCGUCAGCUGACCUAUUUCCUGUCCCUUAGUUGUCAUUAAAGUAGAUGGAUGGCAAAGUA